AUGCCGACCUUCGCCCUCCCUCUCGCAUCCUCAACCAGAACCACACACGCACAAUCGCACUCCUCCCGCGUCCGAUUCUCUAACCUCCCCACACGAAAACGCAAACGCCCCGUACCUACAUCGCCGGAGAACUCCUCUCCGGAAGUAUCGCAAGAUGAAGACGAUAGCGAAAACAUCGGACUACUACCUGCGAGCACAAAUCCGCUGAGUUUGACGCCCGCAGAAAUCGCACAAUAUAGAUUGGCGGGGCUACGGUUGGACGAAGAAAUACCUUCAGUGAAAUCAUUCCCACAUAGAGGGCUGCCCAAGAGGUAUGAUUUGAAGCUAGAUAGUGGUUCCAAACCUUUGAAAGAUAGGAAGGGAAAGGGAAAAGCUGUGGAAGAGGAUACGGACCACAAUGUGGAGAUCCAAAAGAGCGAGGAAGAGGAUCCAAGGCAAGGAGUUAGUCGGGGCUCUCAGCUUAGGGUACGGCAUCUUGGAGUUUUGACAACAAUGCUUCAAAGAUGUCUGAUGGAAGGCGAUAUCGAGCGAGCGAAACGCGCAUGGGCUAUGCUUAUCCGGGGACAGUUUGGUGGGAAGCCUGUCGAUCUGCGACAAAGUGGAUAUUGGGGUAUUGGAGCUGAGCUACUCAUGAGGAGUAUGGUCAAGCCUAGCAGCCGUCCAAGUUACGAUUCUGACAGCGAAGAGGAGGACCAGGCGGAGAGGAACGGAACACGAGAUGGAUGGAGAUGGGGCUCAAAGGAGGGGUUGGAGAAGAUGAAAGACUACUAUGAGAGGCUGAUUUUGCAGCAUCCAUACAAGAGGCAUUUUCAUGGAAGUGUGAAUGCGUUGGAUUUCUGGCCGGCUAUGAUCGGCUGCGAAAUUUAUGGCAUACAAGCAGAGCAGAAGGACAGUUCUUGGAAGCUCGAGAAAGAGGAAGAGAAUGAUGAUGGCGGAGAAAGGAGUGACAGCCAAAGUGAUGGCAGUGAAGAGGACGAGGACCUUUUCGAUCCGACUGACAGUGGAUUUGCCGCGGAUCAGCGAAGAAAGGACCGAAGACUGAAAAGAAGGGCCUACAGAAGAUGGGCCCAGAGGGAAGAGAUUCGACAGACAGCCUUGGCUGCCGCAGAGAGGAUUGCUGCUCGACUCGACGAUCUCAUGGAGACACCACCUUUCUCGGAUAGCCAAAAUCUAUUGAGACUGAGAGGCAUGCUGGGACUUUAUAUUGGAGACCUCAGCGUGCCAGACCAGCCGAUUGAUGACGAGGGCGAUGAGGCCGAGGACAAAUCGAGUCUUAGAAGUCAACGGCUUUCCCAAGGAGGUAAUACUGCUAGGUACUCCUUCCGACAGAGAAUGAACGACCAUGAACGUGGCAAGAAGAGACAAGCAGAGGAACAGGCGAAUGCUCAAAGACUCUUCUCCAGAAUU